UCUGCCCUUCGUUCUCCGCCUUUCCCCUCACACACCGGCCGCCGCGAGGGAGAGAGGAGGCGAAAAACCUCGGAGGCGGAGGGAGAGGGGACUAGGAGGAGAUGCAGAUCUUCGUGAAGACGCUGACGGGGAAGACGAUCACGCUCGAGGUGGAGAGCAGCGACACCGUCGACAAUGUCAAGGCCAAGAUCCAGGACAAGGAAGGCAUCCCACCAGACCAGCAAAGGCUAAUUUUUGCUGGAAAGCAGCUGGACGAUGGACGGACAUUAGCCGACUACAACAUUCAGAAAGAGUCGACACUUCAUUUGGUCCUGAGGCUCAGGGGUGGGACUAUGAUCAAGGUGAAGACACUCACGGGUAAGGAAAUCGAGAUUGACAUCGAGCCUACCGACACAAUUGAUAGGAUCAAGGAGCGUGUCGAGGAAAAAGAGGGCAUUCCCCCUGUUCAGCAGAGGCUCAUUUAUGCUGGGAAGCAACUUGCUGACGAUAAAACUGCUAAAGAUUACAACAUUGAAGGUGGUUCAGUGCUCCAUCUUGUGCUUGCUCUGAGAGGUGGUCACUAGAUACAGUUUCAUUUCAACUAGGAAUAUAUUCACAAGGAGAGCAGCUUUGUUUAUGCUAUUUUCGUCCUACCAUUGUACUUGGCUUAAAAUCAUGCACUUGACAUGAUUGGAGUGGCAAGUUAUCAGUAUAUAGGUAACUAAGGAAGCUAUUUGUCUACAGUGGAUGAGAAAUACUUGAACUGAUAAGUUUAUGAGCUCUGUCAACUAAUUAUUUGUCGCUA